AUGCUUGGAGGAAGCAUUGAGUGGUCGAUUCCGGCAGACACUUCUGCUGCUAUGCAGUACAACAUCUACUUCUCGUAUGGAGCUGAUUACAAUGACUCCAGCAUCCGAGAUGUGUUUGUGUCCGGCCUGGCAACCACCGUGACUCAGCAAACAGUCCCAGCCGGAACGUCCAAGUUCAGCCAGGAGUUCAUCGAGGAAGUGACCUGCAACUUCACGAUUGCGGACACUGUGUUAAGCGUCGUUUACAACGGAGUUGACAUCACCCACACCGUGAACGGCACCCUGGCGGAUUGGACGAGCACAAAGCGGCUCUCUUUCCGCAAGGUGCCUGGGGCCUACCUGGUGAUCGCCGGCAGCAGUGUGAUCGAUUCGAGUUGGUGUUCCCCUACUGAAGAUGUUUGCAUCGCCGGCCAACAUUCGGUGGGAGAUUUUAACUUCUGCCUCUACGCUGGCUUCAGUAUCCGCUGUUCCGAUGGGCUGACGGGCGCAAGCGGUUGGGAGGCAUACGGCUCCAACACUGGUGUUGACGCCAUACACCAGGCUGGUCUCGGCUCGGGAUGGCAAAGCGGGUGCAUCUCCGAAUCCGGAUUCUACCUGGUGGACGACGACGAAGGUGCCAAGAUCUGGGCUGGUGGUGGGGAGCGCCACGCCGCCUUCAGAUGGCAAAGCAUGCCCGUGGCACCCACAAGCAACGAGACAUACAACUACAUCAUGCUCUUCGCAGAGUCUACCUUGGCUGAGCAGACGACUCCGGCGGUUCUUGCCAUUGAUGACGGCGUGUCCAGCGUGACAGCUCUCAGGUUCGUCGACGAGGACCUGUGCCCAGAUCAGUUGGGCGGAGAGGUUCGCUGGACUGGCGAGGGAUAUCUUCCUCGCGUGUCCUCCUACUCGGUCUACUUUGCUCUGGCUCCCAGUGGAAUCGGCCGGUCUCUUCUGGGCCAGGGAUUGAUUGGCACCACGAGCUUGAUCAUCCCGCAGGCCACUCUACUGCAGCAGAACUUUACAGACGUCGUCAUCUACGUUGAGUCAUCUCUGGUUCAGCAGCGCAGUCCUGCAAUGAGCAUUCCCUUGGUGGACGAUUUCGAGGCCUCGUGCGAGUCGGUGUGCGCUGCAGGGGGCUCUGUGACCAUAGGCGACACCUGCUCCCCGCUGCAAGGCGUCAUUACAGGUGGUGCAAGCAUCCAGCCCGAGCAGGAGUCUGUCACUGACCUGACACCGCGCCUCUCCAAUGUUGUCGCCCAAGCACCGGGCAACCUGGUCCUCAUCUCCUCAGAGGAGAACCAGGCGGACAACACCCAGAAGACUUUUAUGGUCAUGGAGGGAAUCAGCCCAGUCAAUCUGGUGAGUUUACUUCGGAAGUUGUCGAUUCCCCGCGACUUCGAUGUUCUGAGCAUGCCACAAGUUGACAACGUCGACUUGCCGAUGUUGGACACCCUUCUGCAUGGCACAAACUCUCCCGGAUUCAUGAUGGCUGAAGUGACUGACGAGAUCCCGCCUCCAUCGCAGGUUGACUUCGGAAUGUAA